AUGGAAUAUGAAGAUCGUAGAGGACACCGGGCGGUGACGGACCCUCGUGAUGGGCGGCGUGUUGCCCUCAAGAAGCUGCCCAAUGUGUUCCAGUCGCUCGUCUCCUCCAAGCGCGUCUUCCGCGAGCUAAAAAUGCUGUGCUUCUUCAAACAUGAAAACGUACUCUCGGCGUUGGACAUCCUUCAGCCGCCAAGUCUCGACUUCUUCCAAGAAAUGUAUCCUUUUAUAAUAGGUAGAUUCUAG